UGUCUGGGAGCCCCGGAGAGGGCCACCCUGGGCCGGCUGCUGUCCCACCUGAGCCUGGUGGCCGCCCUGCGGCGAUGGAACCGCAUGGACAGCCGGAACCUGGCCGUGUGCUUCGGGCCCGUGCUGCUGCCCCCGCACACCUGCGCAGGUGAGGCCACGCCCACCGCCAGGCCACGCCCACCGGGCCGCCCGGGGGAUGGAGAGGAGGAGGGCGGAGCUGUGGAUUUCAAGAGGCACCUGGAGGUGCUGCAUUACCUGCUGAGGGUGUGGCCAGUCCCCCCGCUCCCCGCAUGGGCGCAGUCCCCCCGGGGUGACCCCCCGGUGGUGGCCCUUGGUGACAAUCCCGUGGUGGCACCUAAGGACAGCCCUGUGGUGGUAUCUGAGGACACCCCUGUAGUGGCACCUGGUGGGGACAUUCCGGUGGUGGCACUUGGGGACAUUCCGGUGGUGGCGCGGUCGCGACCGAGGGGUCCCGAGAGCCCCCCCGGCCAUCGCUACGCGGGGGAUUGGAGCGACAGCGACGGCGACAGCGACACCGAGGGGACAGCGGGGACAGAGGGGACAGAGGGGACAGCGGGGACAGCGGCCCUAAGUCCGCCCCAAAAAAUGCCCCAAAACCAACCCCAAAUCCCGCCCCAAACCUUGUCCCGGAUCCUGCUCCAAAGCCCGUCCGGGAACCCACCCCAAAUCCCGCCCCAAAACUUCUCCCGGAUCCAACCCCAAACUCUGCCCCUAAACCUGUCCUGGACCCGACCCCAGAUCCCGCCCCAAAAUUCGCUGCAGACCCCGCCCCAAAGCCCGCCCAGGUCGCCGUCCCAAAGCUCGCCCCAAAUCCUGCCCCAAGGCUGGACCCCACCCCAAAACCCGCCCCAAAUCCUGCCCCAAGGCUGGACCCCACCCCAAAACCCGCCCCACAUCCCGCCCCAAGGUUUGGGGUCGGGGUCGGAUUUGGGGUCGGAUCUGGGGUCGGGGCCCCGGCUGACCCUGAAGGAUUUCGAUGCCCUGAUCCUGGAGCUGGAGCGGGAACUGGGGACACGGCCGGACGUGGGGCUGUGA